AUGACGGAACCAGACGUUUCGAAGCGCGCUGCAGGUCUGAAGAAGCUUUUCAACGCGGUCAUACAUGGAAAUCGAGACCUGAAGAGUGCAGCCGAUGGUGAUCGCUUCCUGGAGGCGCUAUGUGCCCAAGAAGAUGUGUCGAAAUGCGUGGAGGUCCUGAUCUCUGCCCCCGCCGCGCUAGGCCUGAUCGCUCGCGCCUUCCGCUUUUCGAACAGCAGCACCUUCAUCAAUGGACACGCCACGUCCGUACUACUGCGCCUCUCUGAUCCAUCACUGAAACAACUCUACGGAGGCCAAUUCUUGCAUCGGAUCAUUGAGGCCGUUGUCAACCCUCCUUCGUUCUGGAAUACACUUGUCGAAUCACACUAUGCACGCUUACUCACGCCUGCAGCUUCUCACGCGUUUGCGUGGCUGCUCCUUGGAAUUCUCAUUUCGCAUACCGAGCAAGUCCAAGAUGUGCGAGAUGUUGCUGAGCGAGUGACGAGCGAUGGGUCGCUUAUCAGUUCAGAGUCGUUGGAAGUACGAAAUCUUGGACAAAAGAUCAAACACGUCCUUGAAAGCACGUCGAGUGAAAGUGUCGAUGGCCCUGGCGGACGACAUGACAACGAUCAUGCAGACUUUCGAAAGAUUCAGAUUCUACCGACGCCAGAUGAAUUCGCCUCCAGUGACACACCGUUUUAUCGGUGUGCAGAUGCCGUCAGUUCCACUAGUACAGGUGAACGAGGGUUGGUUCACGUUGACAACCAAUUCCGGCUACUUCGUGAAGACCUGCUCGGAGAGCUGCGCAACGAUUUUCAGAUCGCCACUAAUCAGAAGAAGGGUCGACGUAAGACAGUCCUUGCAAACUUGGAUUUCGCUGGUAUUGAUUGUGGCUCCGUUGCAAGACGCAAGGUCUGUUUGCUCCGACUCCGAUGUCUGGACGAUAUUCCCCAGCUCAAGACCAUGACGGACAAUGCGGCUAGGAAAAGCUUCAUCAAGAACCCACGCAACAAAAACGUGAUGAAACACCAGUCGCUUGGCUGUUUGGUCAGCAACGGAAAUAUCAUCGCUUUUGCGAGCGUGGAGCGAGACGAGGAAAUGCUCAGCCAGUGCCCUGCUGUAAUCGUUCUGCGCAUCUCAGAGGCAGUUUCCUUCCGGAAGGUUCUUCUCGCUUGCAAAACGAAAGCCGACCUACGUUUCGUUCAGGUUGACACAGCAGUUUUCGCUUACGAGCCGAUCCUCAAGUGUCUUCAGACUAUAGUGGACCUCCCGCUGCAAGAUCAAUUGCUCGAUUUACAGCCCGGUGCGACUGAAGUCUUUUCUGGCAUUCAACCAACCAAUAUCGUCAAUACCAUCAGCGACAUGUGUCAUGGUGACCUCAAAGAUGUCGUUGGAACCAAUCGACCCGUGGAGCUAGAUAGAGCGCAAACGGAGUCGCUUAUCGCAGGCUUGACAAGAAGAGUCAGUCUGAUACAAGGUCCUCCCGGAACUGGGAAAUCCUUCAUUGGAGCCCUCAUCGCUAAGAUUUUGAGCAACAAUACCAAAGAAACCAUCUUGGUACUGACCUACACCAAUCACGCCCUUGACCAAUUCUUGGAAGAUUUACAGAAGAUUGGGAUCCCAAAUGAUGUGAUGCUUCGUCUGGGAUCGAAGUAUUCCACCGCCACCAAGGCUCUAACCAUGGCUGAGCAGGAUAGCACGUACAGAGUGACACCGCAGAUUCGCAACAUGAUCACAACUCAGAAAAGCGCGGCUGAACAUUAUCACGAUGCUUUGGUGGAUAAAAUUUCCCAGUUCAGUGCCUUUCGCCUCAGUAACCAGGCUGUCUUGGAUUAUCUUGAGUUCUCAGAAGACUCUGAGUUCUUUGAUGCAUUUCAGGUCCCUGUUCAUGACGAUGACAUGAUCCAGAUUGGAAGGGCCGGAAAAGCAAUAACCAGGACGUACCUUCUGGACCGAUGGAUGACAGGCCAAGAUGCUGGGACGUUCCGGGCAGAUGCCGAAAACAGAUACUCUCACGUCUGGUCGAUUGAAGCAAAAGCUCGCACUGGACUUUGGGCCCGUUGGCAACAAGACAUCUUGAAUGAGCAGAUUGCUGAGGUUGGUACGUCCUUCAUGAUGUACAAUGACUGUCAAGAGCAAGUAAAUCAGCUUUUCAAGGAAAAGUAUACACACACCAUGCGUCAGAAGCGCAUUAUCGGGUGUACGACUACUGCAGCUGCAAUGUACACACAGGAGCUGCGAAAGGCUGCACCUGGCAUUGUUUUGGUGGAAGAAGCUGGCGAGAUACUCGAGAGCCAUAUUCUGACAGCUUUGACUUCGCGCACAAAACAACUCAUCUUGAUUGGCGAUUACAAGCAGUUGAGACCGAAAGUCAGCAAUUACUCAUUGACUCUCGAGAAGGGGGAGGGAUACAAUCUGAACGUCUCUCUGUUUGAGAGGUUGGUUCUCGCUGACGUUCCACACACGACGCUCAUAAAGCAGCACCGCAUGCGCCCAGAGAUAUCGGCUCUCGUCAAGGAACUCACAUAUCCCGAGUUGAAGGAUGCUGAAAAGACACAAGGGAGACCUGCACUGCGCGGCUUUCAGGACAAUGUCAUAUUCGUCUCCCAUGCGCAUCCGGAGAUGAACGCAGACCAGAUUGCCGACAGGCGCGAUGAAAACACCAAGUCUAGCAAAGAGAACACAUAUGAGGCGGACAUGGUACUGCGAUGUGUUCGCUACCUCGGGCAGCAGGGGUACAAUACUGAGGACAUAGUCAUCCUCACGCCGUACCUGGGCCAGCUGUACCUUCUGAUGAAGACGCUAACUGCAGAAAACGACCCCUUUCUCAACGACUUAGACUCAUACGAACUGAUCCGUGCCGGUCUCCUCUCACCAGCUGGGGCAAACAUAUCAAAGCGAAGGAUUCGAAUCUCAACCAUUGAUAACUACCAAGGUGAGGAAAGUGACAUCGUCAUAGUCUGUCUUACGCGCAGCAACUCUGCCGGAGACAUAGGCUUCAUGUCAGCUCCGCAACGAGUCAACGUCAUGCUGUCUCGUGCGCGCAACGCUAUGCUGAUCAUUGGCAACCCGGACACCUUCACGAAUAGUCGAAAGGGUAAGGCUGUCUGGGUACCACUGAUGAAUAAAUUAAAACUCGAUGGUCGUGUCUAUAGCGGGUUCCCAGUCAAGUGUGAGCAACACCCAGACAAGACUGCGCUCCUCACGGAGAAGGAGCAUUUCGACUUAGUGUGCCCUGAUGGAGGCUGUUCCGAACCAUGUGGAAAACUUCUCAGCUGUGGAUUGCACAAAUGUCCUUAUCGCUGUCAUCAGCUAAACGACCACUCAAAGAUGAAAUGUAUGGCCAUUGUGUCAUCUACGUGCUCAAACAAGCAUAAGGUAUCCCGAAAAUGUCACGACAAAGCCGCAGAUGUCUGCAAAAAGUGUGAAGCUGCGAUACGAGCUCAAGAGAAGCGUCGCCAACGCGACCAUGAGCUGGAUCAGGAAAGAGAAGCAAAACAACGAGCUUACCUGGCCAAACUCGUUGAGAUAGAGGAUGAAAUCGAGCACCAGAAAAGGUUACUCAAAGUUCAAGCUGAAGUGACAGGCCAGGAGGCCGCCCUGGCUCAGAAACGAAAAGAUCUUGAGACCUUCAAGAACAAAGUAUCGAAUUCGACUGGACAUACAAAGCCAAGUGCUUCGGCACACACCACUAACCAAGCCCCAGCAGCUACAGUCCAGGACCCGAAAACAAGCAACGCAACGACUCAGAAUCAAAACACUAACCAGCAGGACGGUACAACCGAUAGUGCAGGAUCCGCAUCUGCUUGGAAUCAGAGUGAAGCUAAGGACGACUGGGAACAACAGAAAAAGUUCGACGGCGCGGAGAACGAAGCUUUGGAUCUCUUGAUGCCCAUGAUAGGUCUGGAGUCUGUAAAGGAAAAAUUCCUUGCGAUCAAGAGUAAAGUCGACACACUCGUACGCCAAAAUGUCCCAUUGAGCGGUGAGCGGUUUGGUGCAGCCCUCCUGGGAAACCCCGGCACAGGCAAAACCACUGUCGCACGCCUCUAUGCUCAAUUCCUCGGCCAGGUCGGCGCGCUUCCCGGUGAUCAUUUCUUUGAAACAUCAGGCUCAACCCUCGCAAAUGGCGGUGUCUCUGCAUGUAAGGCGCACAUCGACGAAAUUCUCGAAGCAGGUGGCGGUGUCUUCUUCAUUGAUGAGGCCUACCAGCUGGUCUCUGGGAAUAGUCCUGGCGGGAAAGCUGUGAUGGAUUAUCUUCUCGCCGAAAUCGAGAACUUGACCGGGAAAAUGGCUUUCGUACUGGCCGGCUACCACAAGCAGAUGGAAGCUUUCUUUGCUCACAACCCAGGCAUUCCAAGCCGCAUCCCUAUCGAGAUGGAGUUCCAUGAUUACGACGAUCGAGAACUGCAAGAAAUCUUCUGUCACUACCUCAACAAGAAGUACAGGGGAAGCAUGAUGAUUGAAGAUGGGAUGUCUGGGCUUUACGUGCGUAUCGUGGCUCGCCGAAUUGGGCGAGGUCGUGGAUGCGAGGGGUUUGGCAACGCCCGUGCUGUACAGAACAAGAUCUCACAGAUCACAGAACGCCAGGCUAAGCGCAUUCGGAAGCAGAGGCGAACAAGCAUACGAUCGAAUGACUAUUACUUGACCAAGGAAGACCUUAUAGGACCGGAACCUGCGGCUGCGCUGCAGAACAAUGCAGCGUGGUCGAAGUUGCAAAAGCUAAUCGGUCUGGCUUCAGUUAAAGAGACCGUGCAAACACUGCUUGAUGGAAUCCAAACCAACUACAAAAGAGAGCUUGAAGAGAAGCCUCUUGUGGAAUACUCAUUGAACAAGUGCUUCAUUGGAUCUCCGGGUACAGGGAAGACGUCCGUAGCCAAACUGUACGGUCAAAUCCUAGCGGACAUCGGCCUUCUGUCGAACGGCGAAGUUGUUGUUAAGAACCCAGCGGACUUUAUCGGCAAUGUCAUCGGAGGGUCCGAGGCCAAUACCAAGGCUAUUCUGGCCUCAACGGUAGGCAAGGUCCUCAUCAUUGACGAAGCCUACAUGUUAGCUGGCAAUUCUGGCGAUUCUUCGAAGACUGCGGAUAUCUUCAAGACCGCGGUCAUCGACACCAUUGUGGCGGAGGUUCAAAGCCGAAUCGGCGAAGAUCGCUGCGUCCUUCUCCUUGGAUACAAGGAUUUGAUGGAGGGAAUGUUCCGCGACGUUAAUCCAGGCCUAGCAAGGCCUAGCAAGGCGGUUUCCUUUAGAAUCGGCUUUCGUAUUCGAGGACUUUGA